GGCCCGCCCCCACAGGUCCCGGGCGCCGUCGUGGGCAGGGCACCCGGCUCUUCCAGGGGCUUCAGUCAGAGGCGCCGCCCAAGAGACCCUGGGUCGGCGCCGGGCGCAGCUGCUUCGCGGCGUUUGCCUGUCUUUGUGUCUGUCUGUGUCUGUCUGGCUGUCUCCGGGCUUGCCUCCACUUCUAGAGCUCAGCCUGCUGGACACCGACAUCCCGCGGGCCGGAGCCCCUUUCCCAUGGCAGGCUACUUACCCCCCAAAGGCUACGCCCCUUCACCCCCACCUCCCUAUCCUGUAACCGCUGGGUAUCCGGAGCCAUCUCCGCAUCCUGGGCCCGGGCCCGGGCAGGCGCCCAUGCCCGCUCACGUGCCUGCCCCUGCCCCUGGUUUCGCUCUCUUUCCCUCACCGGGCCCUGGAGCUCCAGGGCCUGCUGCCCCCUUCUUGCCACUGCCUGGGGUGCCUUCCGGCCUGGAAUUUCUGGUGCAGAUUGAUCAGAUCUUAAUUCAUCAGAAAGCUGAGCGAGUAGAAACAUUCCUGGGCUGGGAGACAUGUAACCUUUAUGAACUGCGAUCAGGGACUGGACAGCCCCUGGGUCAGGCAGCUGAGGAAAGCAACUGCUGUGCCCGCCUAUGCUGUGGUGCCCGCCGACCACUGCGUGUCCGCCUGGUGGACCCUGGGGACAGAGAGAUCCUGCGCCUGCUCCGCCCCCUCCACUGUGGCUGUAGCUGCUGCCCAUGUGGCCUUCAGGAGAUGGAAGUACAGGCUCCACCCGGCACCACCAUUGGCCAUGUGCUGCAGACCUGGCAUCCCUUCCUUCCCAAAUUCUCCAUCCAGGAUGCGGAUCGCCAGACUGUCCUGCGAGUGAUAGGGCCCUGCUGGACCUGUGGCUGUGGCACAGACACCAACUUUGAGGUGAAAACUCCAGACGAAUCCCGCAGUGUGGGCCGCAUCAGCAAGCAGUGGGGAGGGCUGCUCCGAGAAGCCUUCACUGAUGCAGAUGACUUUGGCCUGCAGUUCCCACUAGAUCUGGAUGUGAGGGUGAAGGCUGUGCUGCUGGGAGCCACAUUUCUCAUUGACUACAUGUUCUUCGAGAAGCGAGGAAGUGUUGGGCCUUCUGCCAUCACCAGUUAGAGACCACCUCCAGGGAGGAGACCAUCGCCUCAACCAGAUUCAAGAUUGUUGCCUUCCCUGGCCUUACCCCUCCUCAGAGGCAGCCCCUUUCCUCCACGUAUACUGCAAGGGACUGACAGGGAUGCCUGAGGGCUGGGGGCCAUGUGUCCCAUCCCUACCUUACUCCCCUGGCCCCCUUCACCUAUGGUCCCCACAGAGGGUAUGUAUGAAAGCCUUUCCCUGCUGCUUCCUUCCACUGUCUGGCAGUCCUUCAGCACACAAGCAUAUCGGCUUUCAAACUUUCCCAAUUCCCUUCAUCCCACCCCCUUCCAGGACCUCUGCUCCAAAGGAUAGAUACCUUUGGAAUUCAGGGCUCUGUGGUUUUAUGACAGGGCUGAAAUGGGGAAGGGUAAGCCUCACCGAAGAUGGCAGACACGGCCUCCCUUCCCUCACAUCAGCUUGGCCAAUUAAUUCAGCCUGAGACCAUGGCACUCUGAGGGAAUCCCCCUUUCUCCAACAGCUGUAGGGCCUAAUUAGGUCCCAGUGCCAACCUCCUCUUCCCCUUUCAGCCCUUCCUACAGCUGGUGCUUGCUGCAGCUUCCUGUGCCUUACUUAAACACCCCUUCCUUCCCUUGCCCCAGGAAGGAGGCUGCAUCUUUGUAUGAUAUAUUCAUAUAAACUUUGUAACUUUUUGGACAUUGGAAGAUGUAUGUCAUAGGGGAGGGUAGAAAAAAAAAGAGCUGAUAUGGGAAAAGAACAAAGGGAAAUAUGACAGCUGAACUGGAUGGGGGCCGGCCCAUUUCAUAAUUCAUGCUACCAAGACCAUGUGUCCUUGAGUGUAAAAAAGCAACUUUCAAUCACCCACAAUAGUCCAGACCAGUCAAGGCAUUUGGGCCAUGUGCUCCAAGUCAGUAGGGCUGCUUCCCUCAUCCACGAUAGCUGCUCCCAUGGAGUACAGUGGGGUAGCUGAUGACAGUUCAGAAGGCCCAUGAUUUAUUCUGGCCACCUGAUCAUUAUCAUUCUCUGUAGUGAGUAGAAGCUUCCUGUGUAAGUCCUCCUCCUGUUUGGGAAUGUGGUGGGCAGAGUGGACUAGAUCCUUCCAUGAUCCAGCCAAGGGAGCUUGAGCCCUCAGAGGCCAUGGGGGAGGGUAGGAGGAGACACUCAUCAAAGCCCAAACCUGGUCUCCUGUACCUGUCUAUAGCAGGGCUUCCCCAGGUAAGAAGGUCUCCUUGUUAGGACCUUGCACCAGUUCUGUUUGGUCCCAUGUGGCAGGGCCUUGAGGGGACAGGCUUUCCAUACCGGUCCAUGCUCAAGGGUGCAGAGUUCAGGGCCGGGCCAGAACAUAGCGACUGGCAGCGGAGAGGUCCCACUGGUAAUGCUCCAAGAUGCGCCAGCAGUCAGCUCUGGACCUGCUACUCAGGUGAAAGAGCUGGUCCACCUGCGGAGGCAGAAGGGAGGGCAGUUGACUGUCAGAGGGCAGAGGUGAAAGAGAAGGGAACUUGAGAGAAGGGUGUCUGGCUUUACCUUGAGGAUCCGGAUGGCAGAAACCACAUCCCCCCCAGUGGCUCUUAAUGCUGCCUGGCACUCCUGGUGAGUGACUCCAUGCACACUCCGCUCCAUCUGCAGGGGACAAGGCCUCACUUAGGCCCCUACCUCAGCCUAUAGCCCCUUCUGAACCCCAGGUCACUUCAGAGAGACCUCACCUCUAUAAUCCUUCUUUGUAACUCAGGGUCAGACAAGAGGCCUCCAGAGGGGCUGGUGACUUUGUUGGCUUUAGGUGCUCCCGUGGGCUGACUGUGGAGGGGUUCUCUUUUGGGCCAGGGAGGUCGUUCCCUGAAGGGCUGGCUGGGCUGACAAGAAGAGCCAGAGGCAAAGGGAGGACGGGCUGGCAGGCCUGGAGGUCCAUGGGGCAUAGCUCUGGCAUGUCGAAGUUCAGGGGGGCUCGAACCACCCCCUGUGGGACGGGGUCCCAGGGACAGAACGGACUCCAAGCUCUUAGAAAUGCCUGUGUAGUUGAGAAAGAAAAAACUUGAGAGGAAGCCCAUGGUAGGCCCUGCCUACCUGUUCUGUCUGUGCUAUCCUCAGGGUGGUCCUGUGCUGGGUAGGACAAUAAUACAGGGGUGUAGAAUGAACACCUAGGACUGGGCAGCUGAGGGCCUGAAGACCUGAAAGCAUAGCUGCUGCAUGGAGAGAUGCUGUUCAGUAGCCAAGGCAGAUCUUAAAUGUGUAGCUAGAGCAGGCUACUGGGAAAGGAACUGUGGGACAGGCACUAUGCCAAGGCAUGGAUUUGGAGCAGGGGGCAAAUUUGGGUAUUGCUCUUGAUCUCCUCUGCAGGCCCUGUCCCCACCACCGCACUCACCUUUCAUCCUCUGCAGGGGCAUGUUCCUUCUCUGACCCCGUGCAGGAGGUACAUCCCGGAGCUUUGCCUUCACUCUGUCCCUGCUGGAGAGUGAUCAUUCAUUCUCCAUCGCACCCCUUCCAUCCCACAUAUCUAUAUCCCUUCCCAAAGAAUCCCUCUGGUGUCCCCAGGCAGUAGACCCAGUAUGGAAGCUCCAGCUGGGAGGCAAUCCAGGUACCCCACCAACUUCACUCCACUCCCCCACCCCAAGUUUUUCAUCCAGAGAAGUUGCUGGACUUGGUUCCCCCAACCCAGCUCCAUCCCCUACUCUUGCAGGUCCUCACCCAUCUGUGCUUCCCCAAUGUUGUUCUCCCUGGGCAGGAGAGCUUCUGUGGAUAGGAUGGGUGGCUGCUGAACCCCCUGAAUCUGCCAGAGUUACUGCUGAGGCUGGGAAGCUGCCCACUUUGAAUGUGCGACCAUUCUGGCCCUUCCAGGUUGUGGAGUCAGGACUGUGGGAAGAGGCACUGGUGAGGUGUGGGAGCAAAUAUGGGGGGAAUGGGAGCUGGCUCUGGCCCACAUUCAGCUCACAAGCUGCAUCUACCUGCAGGAAGGAAAGCCUUUCUCCCUAACACAAAAGGAUCUUAAGGGAAAGGAGAGGAAGGGGGAUGAGGAAGAAGAUCAGGGUUCCAGAAGCUAGAGAGAAGAGAGGUCCAGGCUCAGAAUGGCAUGGGGCUCUCACCUGCCCUCAAUAAUGGUGAUAGGAUCACCAGGCUCCAUCCUCAGGGCUCCUGGCUCUGUAACUUCCCUCACACAAUGUCCCUCGGGAGGCCAGGCCUGUAGAGACAGGAGAUAAGGUGGCUAGGUUUGUGGCCUGAGUCAGAAGGGCAAUGUGUGGGAGCAGAGAAAAAAGAAGACUCCUCUCUUCAUGAACCCACCAAUCAAACCAUACCAGGUGUUCUCAGUCCUGGGCCCAGAGUGGGAGUGUCCCUGUCCCCCAGCUGUAAUCCAGUAAGGGAGGCACACCUGGAUUCCAUGCCAAGCUGGACCCAGCACAGGGGUCAGGGAGCAACAAAG